AUGAGAGGUUUUGCUAGAGUUGGCGGAGUAAUGCCGGUUCUCGGUGGAAUUGGUGGAGGGAUUGGGAAAGUUGGUGGAAUAGGAGUAGGAGGUAUUGGUGGUAGUGCUGGUGGUCUUAGUGGAGUUGGCGGAUUAGGCGGAGCUGAUGGCUCUGGUGGUCUUGGUGGUGCUAGUGGUGGCGUUGGUGGUGCUGCUGGCGAUGGCGUUGGUGGUGCUGCUGGCGAUGGCGUUGGUGGUGGAGUUGGCUUGGCCUUCUCUGACGGCCCUCCACUGCCUCCUAAUAUACCAACUCCUACGCUGUCUCCUCCUAUUGGAAGCGGUGGAGGACAGGGUGGUGGUGGUGGGAGCUGUGCCGGUCGAGGAAGUGAAGGCUCAGGUUAUGGUUAUGGCAGUGGGUAUGGCCAUGGAACCAAUGGUGGUGGAGGAGGUGCUGGCGGAGGUGGUGGAGCUGGUAGAGCCGGUGGUACUGGCUCUGGCUUUGGAGGUGGAGCUGGUUUUGGUGGUGGCAGUCCUAGGAAAUUAAUUAGACAGGAAGAGUUCACUAGGCUAUUGAGAUGUUAUGUGUUUGCUUCUAAAGUUCUAGCUACUUGA